AUGCACUUUUUCUUGUUAUUGAAUGCCAUCGUCCAGAUCAAGGUUCUUGCCAUUAUCUUUGAAUCAGGACGUAGAUCAAGAAGUAAAUCAGAUACAAAAGAAAAACGCUCUCGUUCGCGUUCUGCGUCUCCCAAGAAGGAACCGUCACGGGAACGUUCUGGACGUGGUCACAACCGUGAGCGAACGAGCUACAGAGAGAGGGAUAGGCGGAGAAGCCGUUCAUCAUCGAGAGACCGAAGACCGAGAGAGAAUCGAGAUCGGCGUCCUGUGUAUAGACGAAGCGAGCCGGAUUGGGACCAUCGUGGAUUUGAGAAGAUGAAGGAAUCCCAGGGCGGAGAGCGGGAAGAGUUUCAAAAGCGAAUUCGGGAAGAGGUGGUAAAGCGGUUGCGAGAAAAGCGUUCAUAA